AUCCCCAUCCCUGUCCUCGUCCCAGUCCCCUGCGCGGGUCCCCCCUUGCUCCCCCACGGGGCCGGUGGGCGCCGUUGUGUCCCUACAGCGGGACCUUCCCGCGCGGUUCCCGCCGCCGGUCCCGCCGUGAGGGCGGAGGGCGCUGGGGGAGCCUGGCCGGGGCGCGGGGCGGUGCUGAGUCACGGCCGGGCCCCGGGGCUGGGCAGCGGCGGGGCUGCUGGGGCUCCGCGGGGUGCGGGCGGGGAGGGCUGCGGAGGGAACUCCGGGCGGUUAAAAAGAUAGAAUUAAAAAAUAUAAAAUGAAAAUUUAAAAGGUAAGAGUUCUGGUUCCUGCGGCCCGUGUGCUGCCCCUGUGCCCGUCCCCAUCCCUCCGUGCCCGUCGUUAGCCCGCAGCGGGUGGAGGUGCCCGUGCCCGUCACGGCGGGAGCGCUGCUGGGCGGCUCCGCUGCGUUUGGGGAGCAGCCGAAAGAAAAAUGGAAAAGGAAAGUACAUGGUAAUUCCAUCACCUUCUGGCCAUCCCAAUGAUGAAAUCAGAAGCUAAGGAUGGAGAAGAGGAAAGCCUGCAGACAGCAUUCAAAAAGCUGAGAGUUGACACAGCUGGGUCUGUGAAGAAGCCCUCGAGAGGAGUUGUGAGAACCCAGCGUCGCAGGCGUUCCAAGUCUCCAAUCCUUCAUCCUCCAAAGUUUAUCCAUUGCAGCACAAAACCUCAGUCCCCCUGCAGCCAGCUGGUGCAGAAGAGCCAGGCUGAUGCCCAGGAGGACAGCAGUGGGUUUGGGAUGCCAGUCCCAAAGGAGCCUUGUGCACACGAACGCUGCAGCGUCGCUCCGGACGUGGGCCAGAAGGGAGCUGAUGAGUGUUUGGGAGUUUGUGUUGCACAGCUGACAUCAGAGAACACACAGAACUCUCCAGCUGCAGCUUCUCCAGUAUCCAAAACAAGCCUAAAGACUACAGAGCUUUCUGACUUCCAGUCUAUGUCCAGGCUGAACACGAGUGAGCCGUGUGCGUGUGCAGAUAAAGCCUGUCAGUGCAAACUGUGGCAAGAUAUGGAAGUGUACAAAUUCUCUGGCUUGCAGAACACCCUCCCUCUGGCACCUGAUAGAACGGUUUCUGAGGAUCACUGCCAGCCUUUGCCUUCAAGAACUCCCUCGAGUUCUCUACGCUCUUGCUCUGAGCAAGCCAGGGCCUUUGUGGAUGACGUGACAAUUGAAGAUCUGUCGGGAUACUUGGAGUAUUACUUGUACAUUCCAAAGAAAAUGUCUCACAUGGCAGAAAUGAUGUACACCUGACAGCAACGAGCACUAAAACCAGAAGGGUGGCUGGUUUAAAUCUGCCCUUAGGCACAUCAUGUGAAUAUGCAACCCACUCCCUGCUCACUGUGCUUGCAAUAAAAACACUUCUUUACAUCUCA